AUGUUGCCGAACGCUCAUGUGGACGUAUCCGCACUUACUCAUCUCGAGAAAUUGCCUCUCGCAGAUUUAGAUUUUGCGCUUCCGGAACGAAAACUGAAUUCGUCACCUAACUUACACCGCGCUUAUAAUGACGUUAUUCGUGACUACAUCGAUAAAUAUUUUUUGAGCCCAGUUGUGAGUGAUAACGCUGACUGCGUUCCCGCAUAUUAUAUUCCGCAUCACGGUGUAGUUCGCGAAGAUAAAAUUUCCACUAAACUCCGCGUAGUUUUAGACGCUAGCUGUCGGACUACAUCGGGCCAGUCUAUCAAUGAUAUUUUGCAUACUGGACCGAAUCUACAGGGUGAUUUAUUUAACAUAAUAAUAAAUUUUCGUCUUUUCAAAAUUGCUUUGUCAGCUGAUUGUCGACAAAUGUUUCUUAAUAUAGGCGUUCACGAAUCUGACCGUAGAUUCCAGCGUAUAUUUUACCGCUUUAGUAAUGAUGAACCUAUAACGGUUUACCAAUUUAACCGCGUUUGUUUCGGACUUAGGUCCAGUCCAUAUCACGCCUUACGAGUUGUGCGUCAACUGAUUGCUGAUGAAGGCGAUGAUUUUCCCGCUGCUGCGUUAGCAGCUUCUAAGUCAUUAUUUAUGGACGAUAUCGUUUGUAGCGUUAUAGACACUCCGCGCGCAAUUUCGCUUUGUGAAGAGCUUAUUCAGCUUUUCAAGCGAGGCCAAUUUGAUCUUGUCAAAUGGACGAGUAAUUCAAAGGAGGUUCUCGCACACUUAUCUGAUUCUCAUAAGGCUUCACCGGACAUUGAGUUCGAUAAGUCCAUUCCGCAUAAGGUCCUUGGCUUGCGCUGGGACAGAUCGCAAGAUAGUUUUCGCAUUGACGUCGCACUGCCUGAUGCGAAGUGUACCAAACGCAUAAUGCUGUCCACAAUAGCUCGACUUUGGGACAUAAUGGGUUUUGUGGCUCCCACCAUUUUGUACGCCAAGCUCUUGAUAAAAGAGCUUUGGUUGGCAAAGUGUGAGUGGCAUGACGCACCUCCUAAACAUAUAGUCGCAGCCUGGAAGCAGUUUUGCAGCGAGCUUCCCAAGCUCAAUCAAAUUAUUAUACCGCGUCACUUAGGAUUAGUGGAUGGAUGCAGUGUUAAUUUAAUAGGUUUCGCUGACGCUAGCGAAAGCGCUUACGGCGGAGUAGUGUAUAUGCAAGUCCGCAAUGGCUCAAUAUCGCUCAUAUUAAGAGCUGGCGAUUACCAGUUCUUCUUCGAAAUACAGUCCACCUAA